AUUCAAAGCAACAGAGGCGCAGGCGUAACUGAGAAGCACCAUAUCUUCGAAUCUGCGUGGGCGCAAAUUCUGGGAAAGAUAUUCUUCAAGUUUCUCCCAUCACGUUUCGUUUCACUUUUCAAUCUCUUAGUUUCUUUUCACUUUCAUCGAUUCACCGCCAAAUUCUGCAAUUAGGAUUUCUGGGUUGUUUUUUUGUUGUAAGAAGAGCCGAUCACCGGCGUAGAUUUUAAGGGUAGCGGCGUUUAUUUGGCUUCGUGGGUGCUGUUGGCUUCGGACUUAGUGAAGAACAGCAACACCCACAAGGGUAAUUUCGAUUUUGAUCGAGAGUUAUGGCAGUGGAGGAAGGGAAAGAGCCUGCACCUGUCAGCCGGACCAACCAAGUUCGGCCGCUGCCGCUGAGGUUGCUUCAGCUAUUUGUGUUGUUUUUGUUUCUUUGCAUUGGGUUUUCGGUUGUUAGUUUGUAUACGAUCCGUCAUUUUGGGAUUGAAAGCACAGUGACGGCGGUGAAGUCCAAUUUCCUUCCCUGUUUGGAGGAGUUGAAUGUUAGUUUGGGUGAGUGGAUUAAGGCUCCGGUGGAUUUGAUGCACUCGAUGAACGAUGAGGAGCUGUUUUGGCGUGCAUCGUUUGUACCGAGGAUUAAGAAUUACCCCUUCCAAAGGGUUCCGAAGGUGGGUUUUAUGUUCUUGACUAAAGGGCCAUUGCCACUUGCGCCGCUUUGGGAGAGGUUUUUUAUGGGUCAUCAAGGGCUGUUUUCAAUUUACAUUCAUUCUCUGCCAUCGUUCGUACCCAAUUUUACUCACGAUUCUGUGUUUCAUGGGAGACAAAUUCCCAGCCAGGUUGCAGAAUGGGGACGAAUGAGUAUGUGCGACGCAGAGAGACGACUUCUAGCCAAUGCAUUGCUCGAUAUCAACAACGAAUGGUUCAUUCUCGUUUCCGAAUCAUGCAUUCCUCUCUAUAAUUUCAGUGUGAUAUACAACUACUUAAAGAACUCCAAAUAUAGUUUCGUGGGUUCGUUUGACGACCUUGGUCCUUAUGGGAGAGGACGAUAUAGGCUCGAGAUGGCACCAGAGGUGAACAUCACAGAAUGGCGUAAGGGUGCCCAAUGGUUUGAAGUCGACCGUAAGCUUGCACUCAACAUAGUGCAAGACACCAAAUUUUAUCGGAAAUUCAAAGAAUUCUGUCAACCGUCAUGCUACGUCGACGAACACUAUUUCCCGACAAUGCUCACGAUUGAAUUUGGCAACAGUAUAGCCAACAGAAGCGUCACAUGGGUCGACUGGUCGAGAGGAGGCGCUCACCCCGCCACGUUCGGAGGACAUGACAUCACAAAAGAGUUCUUAGCAGGAGUUUUAGAAGGAAACUGCAGCUACAACGAGCAAAGCUCCACCAUUUGCGCCCUGUUUGCGAGAAAAUUUGCACCAAGUUCGUUGCAGCCAUUGCUAAGCUUGGCCUCGGAAGUGUUUGGAUAUUGAAGAACAAUAGCUAAGUAGAGUUCUAAUCAAUACAGAAGUAGGCAAAAUAGAAUAGUUUAGAUUCUCACAACAAACACAAGGAGAAGAAGAAAAUAAACUAACCCAACAAACAAUACAAGACGAAUUCAUGUAA